AUGGCGUGCAUAUACAUACCGGUGCAGAACUCGGAAGAGGUGGUGCAGGUGGCGCUAGACCAGUUACCCCUUGAUGCCACUGACAUCAUUAACAUUCUGAAGGCGGAGCAAGCUCCACUUGAUCUCUGGCUCACCAUCGCUAGGGAGUACUUCAAACAAGGAAAACUCGAACAGUUUCGACAAAUAUUGGAAGAAGGGUCUAGUCCAGAAGUUGAUGAAUAUUUUGCAGACGUGAGAUAUGAGAGGAUUGCCAUUUUAAAUGCUUUGGGAGCAUAUUACAGCUAUCUUGGCAAAAUAGAGACAAAACAAGGAGAAAAGGAAGAGCAUUUCCUUACCGCUUCACACUACUAUAACAAGGCUUCAAAAAUUGACACACGUGAGCCUUCAACAUGGAUUGGGAAAGGUCAGCUUCUUCUGGCCAAAGGUGAUAUUGAUCAGGCACUUAAUGCUUUCAAGAUUGUUCUGGACGAAGAUGGUGAUAAUGUUCCUGCUCUCCUUGGUCAGGCCUGUAUCUACUUUAGUCGUGGUCAAUAUUCAGAUUCGUUGGAGUUGCAUAAGAGGGCCUUGCAAGUGUAUCCUCAGUGUCCUGCAGCCUUAGAUCCAGAAAACGUUGAGGCUCUUGUGGCACUUGGAAUUUCAGAUUUGCAAACUAAUGAAGCUAAUGGUAUUAGGAGUGGAAUGGAAAAGAUGCAGAGAGCUUUCGAGAUAUAUCCAUACUGCGCUAUGUCACUGAAUUAUCUGGCUAAUCAUUUCUUCUUCACUGGUCAGCAUUUCCUAGUUGAGCAACUAACUGAAACUGCACUAUCAGCGACGAGUCAUGGCCCAACAAAGUCACAUUCCUUCUACAAUUUAGCCCGAUCUUACCAUAGCAAGGGAGGCUAUGAAAAGGCUGGAAGGUAUUAUCUGGCGUCUAUCCAAGAAGUGAAUAAGCCCCAAGAAUUUGUAUUGCCUUACUAUGGUUUGGGGCAAGUUCAAAUGAAAAUGGGAGACCUGAGAAGCGCCUCAUCAAACUUCGAGAAAGUCUUGGAGGUGCAGCCUGAAAAUUGUGAGACAUUGAAGGUUCUUGGACACAUAUAUGUUCAACUUGAGCAAAAGGAAAGGGCCAAACAACUUCUGAAGAAAGCUACCAAAGUCAAUCCUCAAGAUCCCAAGGCAUUUCUUGAUCUGGGAGAGCUGCUAAUUUCAACAGACGAAUGUGCUGCUUUAGAUGCCUUUGAAACCGCUCAUAAUCUUCUGAAAAUGGGGAAUGAGGAAGUGCCAAUAGAGCUUCUCAAUAAUAUUGGGGUUCUCCAUUUUGAAAGGGGAGAGUUUGAGCUUGCUCGUGAAAUGUUUAUGGAAGCUCUGGGAGAUGGCGUGUGGAGUAACUUCAUUGAUUCUAAAACACAAUCCAGUUUUAAAAUUGUGGCACAAUCCAAUUUAUUUAAUAGAGCACAAUAUCCAACUGGUAUCAGCUCAUCUCUCCGUCAACACACGGAGUUGCGACUAUUUCAUCAAUUGGAGGAACAGGGUAUAUCUGUGGAACUUCCUUGGGAUAAAGUUUCAUCACUAUUUAACUUAGCCAGAGUAUUGGAGAAGAUGCAUGACAGUGAAGCUGCUAGCAUUUUAUACCAUCUCAUAUUAUUUAAGUAUCCGGACUACACAGAUGCUUGCCUGAGGCUUGCUUCCAUCGCAAGAGCUCAAAAUAAUAUUCAACUAAGUUUGAAACUGAUUGGUGAUGCUCUCAAAGUGGAUGAAAAAUGCCCAGAUGCUUUGUUAAUGCUUGGUGACUUGAAGCUCAAGAGUGACUACUGGGUCAGGGCAAAAGAUAUAUUCCUGAGAGCCAAGGAGGCAACUGAUUGGCAAGAUUCUUAUGCUACAGUUUGUCUGGGAAAUUGGAAUUUCGAAGCUGCAAAUCACAAUGAGGAAAAAGACAGUAAGUUGGAAGCCACACAUUAUCAGAAGGCAAAGGGACUCUACACUAAAGUUCUGUUACAGCAACCUGAUAACCUGUAUGCAGCAAAUGGUGCUGGAAUGGUCUUUGCUGAAAAAGGUCAUUUUGAUGUGGCUAUGGAGCUAUUUACACAGGUUCAAGAAGCUGUAAGUGGAAGUUCUAAUGUCCAGAUGCCAGAUAUCUGGAUCAAUCUGGCGCAUGUUCACUUUGCUCAAGGCAAUUUUGCAUUGGCUGUGAAAAUGUACCAAAACUGUUUGCAGAAGUUCUAUUAUAAUACUGAGAGUGAGUUGCUUCUCUACAUAGCACGUACACAUUAUGAAGCUGAACAAUGGAAAGACUGCAAAAAGUCUUUACUAAGAGCCAUCCACUUGUCCCCUUCAAAUUACACAUUUAGAUUUAAUGUAGGAGUUGCGAUGCAGAAGUUCUCCUCUUCGACUCUUCAAAAGACAAAAAGGAGUGUGGAUGAGGAACAAUGGAAGAGGAGCAUGUCUGCUACAAAACGGAAGAAUAAGUUGCAUACUGAAGAUGAGAGUGGGCAAGGUGAAAAAAAGAGGAGAAAAGGGGAUAAGCGGAAGAAGGGAAAGAAGAUAUGUUAUGAAUCAGAAGAAGCCGAAGCUGCUGUGGGGGCUCAGGAAGAAAUGAAACAUGUAGAUGCCACCUGUAAGUAUCAAAUGAAUGGCAUUGAAGAUCAAGUCAAAAACAAUCCUCAAGAUUUUCUUGCAGCAACUGGCCUUGAAGAUUCUGAUGCCGAGGAUAAUGCCGCUGCACCUUCGUCAAGUGCCAAAGGACGAAGACUAGCAUUAUCGGAAUCAGAUGAAGAGGAGCCAAUGAAUGUUGGUGGAGCAGUUGAAGAUGAAAAAUAA